UUAGCGGGAAGAGAGGAGUAUUUCGGGGAUAGCGGACAUUGUUGGACAUCUCGGGGGACCUAAUUCUGGUUUGGCCUUAGCUUGGUGGCUCAGGAAAUCUAAGGCAUCGUCAAAGAAACAGCGUUCUCUGUUCUCCAACGAUCGCCUUCGAAGCCGAACAAGUUGCACAUCCCUCUGAGCUCACGGCUUGACUCCAGGAGUCCCCAUUAGAGGCGAGCGAGCCGCUGGGUGCAGGCAGGCGACGUGCUGCCGGGCUGGGCUGCCCGGGGGAGAUGACUUCUCGCCAGGAGGACGCCUCUGGAAAGAAGACCACGGAGGGAGCAAAGUUUCGGGGCAGCUGAGGAGCCUUGGUCACAGCCCUUCCGAGCCCAAUCUCCUCCCUGGCUAUGGAGGGCGGACUCUAAAAUGAAUCCCGAUCCGGACACCGGCCACAACACGUCAGCACCUGCCCACUGGGGAGAGUUGAAAGAUGCCAACUUCACUGGCCCCAACCAGACCUCGAGCAACUCCACACUGCCCCAGCUGGACGUCACCAGGGCCAUCUCCGUGGGCCUGGUGCUGGGCGCCUUCAUCCUCUUUGCCAUCGUGGGCAACAUCCUGGUCAUCCUGUCGGUGGCCUGCAACCGGCACCUGCGGACGCCCACCAACUACUUCAUAGUCAACCUGGCUAUUGCUGACCUACUGUUGAGCUUCACUGUCCUGCCCUUCUCCGCUACCCUGGAAGUGCUCGGCUACUGGGUGCUGGGGCGCAUCUUCUGUGACAUCUGGGCAGCGGUGGAUGUCCUGUGUUGCACGGCUUCCAUCCUGAGCCUCUGUGCCAUCUCCAUUGAUCGCUAUAUUGGGGUGCGCUAUUCCCUGCGGUACCCCACGCUGGUCACCCGCAGGAAGGCCAUCUUGGCACUCCUCAGUGUGUGGGUCUUGUCCACAGUCAUAUCCAUCGGGCCUCUCCUUGGCUGGAAGGAACCUGCGCCCAAUGAUGACAGGGAAUGCGGGGUCACUGAAGAACCCUUCUAUGCCCUCUUUUCCUCCCUGGGCUCCUUCUACAUCCCACUCGCGGUCAUUUUGGUCAUGUACUGCCGUGUCUACAUCGUGGCCAAGAGGACCACCAAGAAUCUAGAGGCGGGAGUCAUGAAGGAGAUGUCCAACUCCAAGGAGCUGACCCUGAGGAUCCACUCCAAGAACUUUCAUGAGGACACCCUCAGCAGUACCAAGGCCAAGGGCCACAACCCCAGGAGUUCCAUAGCUGUCAAACUUUUUAAGUUCUCCAGGGAAAAGAAAGCAGCCAAAACCUUGGGCAUUGUAGUCGGAAUGUUCAUCUUAUGUUGGCUCCCCUUCUUCAUCGCUCUCCCGCUUGGAGUUGGAACCUGCCUCCUGCUGAUACAGAGGAACACAUGCGUUUCAAAAGGCCCAUCAUUUGUUAUUAGCUCUAAAGUGCCAGAUCAUAUUUUACACGGAUAUUUUCUUUUCUUCUGUUUUCUCCUUUCUUUCUUUCCUUUCCUUUCUUUUCUUUUCUUUCUUUUUUUUUUUUUCUUUUCUCUCUCUCUCUUUUCUGUUUUGAUUUUGUCUUUUGAGACAGGGCUUCCUGUGGCCCAGGCUGACCUUGAAACUGAAUAUGUAGCUGACAAUGACCUUGAGUUCUUAAUCAAGCCUCCUACUCCCAAGUGCUGAAAUGUUAAAUGUGCACCACCACACCCCAUGUAGAGAGUUUCUUCACCUACUCAAAAAACAAACAAAACAAACAAACAAACAAAAAAGAACUAUGAAAUACUUACUGUCCCAAUUUUAUAGAUGAGAAACUGAGAGGAUUGAUUAACACUUCUAAAGCCCAACAGCCAGUCCCUAACACCAGGCCUGGCCAUUUAAAUCCGGCAUUGCAGUCAUCUCUCAGCCUGCCCACACUGUCUUGAGAGAAAAGAACGCCUUCUACUCACAGAAAUGAACAGCAUAAGGCUACAGGUUAGAAUGAGGAAAACGGUCCUCAGGCCUCUGCCUAGACUUUGCAAGGCCACAGCCAUAGGAGGACGUUUCGUAAGAAAGUUCUACCACAGGGCCUUGGACACACCACACAGAGCGCAGGUGACGGCUUUGAGGAACACUAGCCAUUAGCAUCACUGUGUUCUGUGGAGUCCUUCAGAAGAACAAUCCACUUGUUGUGCAAGUCACUGCCAUCUUCCACAAGGCUGAACACCAGGCAAGGUUACAUGUUUGUCCUCAGCAGAUGGGCUGUGGGUCCUUCCCACCUUUGGUCACAUCGUGUCUGUAGCUGCCAUACUGUUCUCCGUAUGUCCCCGUGCAAAGGAAGGUAUCCUGCCUUGACUUUCUCUUCACUAGCAUGUACUUCCCACGGUCACGCAUAGGCUUCUAAGAUCCAUCACUCUCAUUCCUUCGCCUACUUUGUCAAGACCUGUUUUCCAGACCCCUCAGACUUGGUCACGGAAAGAAGCUCAUAGCCUAAGACAUGACGCUCAUCCCCAUCGCAGGACACUGUGUGUUCACUCACUAUGAGCUGCAUUUCAGGAGGGGCCUUGUGUACAGUGUUCUUAAUCCGAAGCGGUACCUUUAGGUUAAGGGAUGGGUCACAAACCUUUUGAUGUAAUAUUUGUCAGUGCUGCUUCAGAACAUGAAGCAGCACUUUAUCUGAGUUAGCGCCACCAAUCUAGAAUGUAGCCCACUUCCAUGUUUCCUCGUGUUUAAAGAAGAGGAAACGGCUUAGCCCUGCUCCCGGAGCCCAGCCAACCCCACAACAGCUGCCACCACCACUGGUUUGCUAAACUGAGAAGAACUGGAACUCCCCAGACAAUAGGGUGAACCUCAAAUGAUGAAGAAGGUGAAGUGCCCCAGAGAGGAAUGCAAGUACAACCCAAGAUCAAAGAUGAGAAUUUGUUUUGAUGUAUUUUAUUUACUUGUCUGUUUGGGUAGUGAUGCACAGCACGUGAAGGGGAAGCCAGAGCAUUGGUUCUUUCUGUCCUCCAUAGGAAUCCUGAAGAAGAAACUCAGGUUGUCAGACCCGGCGGCAACAGCCUUACCCACUGAACCAUCUCACCAGCCCAAGGACAGGGAUUCUAGAAGCAUGCACACCACUUAGAUACACUCUCCAUUCAACAAGUUAGAUUCAAAGCAGGUCAGACUCACAGCGUGACAGGGCACAUAAGGUAGAACAUGAAAGUCCCUAUGCCCCAGGCUGGACGGCCAGGUUAGCCACACCGUGAGGGUACAAAAUGUUCCGUAAACUGGUCUGAUGCUCUUUGGGUGGAUGACACCUAAAUGAACAUCUGUACAAAGUCCCAAUUUAUUUCUAAUAUCAGAGAUCAGACCUCUACUCUUGCCUGAUGCGUCUAAAACAAAAAGGGGGAACUGUAGAGAGCUGCAGAAUGCUAUGCCUUAAAGAUGGAGCUGGUUUCCGCCUUCCACCUUCCCGAUGGUGAGUGCUCUCUGUCACGAACAACUCCACAUUUGGCUAAGGCCGAGGAUCUGGCUUGCUUCCAUGUAUGUGGACCUAUCUGCAUUGCCCCCGU